AUGACUGACGUAUGCUGUGUUAGGAGUGGCGUCAAACAUCAGACACGUGCCGUUGUCUUUAAGCGCAAUAAACACACUACGGUCAGUCGACGAAUGGAGGCGGCAGGUUCUACUCCCACCAAGUCGUUUUCUAGAUUAUCUUUCAUCCCCAAAUCGAAGAAAUUGAUUUGCUUACUGUAUGGAGAGCAUAUUGACAACGCAGACAGGCAAAGAAAGCUUUUUGACUGUGGAGUGAAGACACAGGUCUGCAUCAACCUUGAUAGGAUCUUCGCUCUUGGUUCACGUAACCUAAGAUCAUGCCCAAUUUUAGCAGCUUUCAUACAUUCUCUCUCACGUGGUCGCACUCAAAUGGAGCCUAAUACAGUCUCUCACGGCAGUGCUGCUGCGGCCAGAUUUUGGCCGCAACGCUGAUUAGUCCUUAGAACAAUGCCAGACGAUCUGAUUGGCUGUCGGAAUGACAGGAAGUAGAAAGCAAUAAAAUCCUGGCUAGUAGUCAUAGAGGGUCAGGAUUAAGUCCCGUUGGUGCCUUCCCCUGCCUUCCGUAUGCCUUCUUUUUAUUAAUAUGUGUAAGUGUCUUCCUGCUUUCUAAUUUAGUGCCUUCCUGCAUACUAGUGUAGUGCCUUCCGUGUGCCUUCCUGCAUACUAAUUCGGUAUAGGUUUAUUAAUGAGUGUCUCCCUUAUACAAUAGGUACAAUAGGCUUGCCCAGGCUUUCCCGGUCUCUUUUAACCCCGAUUGGAUCAUGUACUCUCUAUUAUGUCUUCAAAAUAAAAGCGCGCUCGCCUUUCAGAAUUUCAUUCUUGUAAGUUCAGUUUGCUCGGAAAAAAGUAUUACUAUCACCAAUAUUUUUUAAAACAUCGCUCCAAACGUGCAAGUCGAAUCGAGCGCUACACCUCUGCUGACAGAAGAUAAAGCGAGUUCCUUACCUGGUCAGUUCUGCCCGUUUCAUUGCCGCUCAACGUUGGAAUUGGUAGAAAAAGGGAAAGGAUUGUGCUAUUUAUACUGCCCUAAGAAAAUGUGCUUUAUUUUUGCCCCUGCUUCAGAAUGGAAAGAGGACAUAGAGUGGAUCGCGCUUCAUUCACACUCUGGUGAGAAAAAACGUGCAGCUUUGUUGGUAUUUGAUUGUUCUAACAAGCUAGCAUUGCGAAAAAGUAAACAGCCUUGGAGCAAGAAUCGUAUGUUUCUGACAUGCUACAAAAAGGAGGGUAACUUUUUCAUGUGGAUAGACCAGGCAAUAUCGCAUGGUAUCAAGGAGCAGCUAUCGUAUUCACCUCAGCCACAGGUCGCAAGAUUCCAUCCUUAUGAAGAGGUAAAGGAGAUGUUGAGAAACGACACCAAGAAGCUAAACAAAAAGCAUCUAUUCAACACCAGCGUCAUACACGCGAAGAUGACGAACAGUUUUUAA